UAAAUCAACAUUUGGGCAAGAAACUCAGGUGCUCAACUUCGUUACUCGGUGCUUGGAUUUGCGAAUAAUCUGAAUCCAAAACAGCAAGGUAUCUAUGGAAGGAAUAGAAACAGAGGAAAAGUCGAUGAAGAGAGAGAGGCCAAGUGGAAGAGAUAGAGAAGAGGAGAGGGACAGACUCAGUGACUUGCCUGACUGUGUUCUGCUCCAUAUAUUGAAAUUUAUGGACACAAAAUAUGCUGUUCAAACUUGUGUCUUGUCUCAAAGGUGGAAGAACCUUUGGAAAUGUCUCACUAAUCUCAAAUUCGAUCGCAACCACUUUAGAAAAACUGCUAUUUUUACCAAAUUUGUGUCUUCGGUUCUGUGUAGUCGAAAUGACUCUAUAUCCUUGCAUAGUCUUGAUUUCUUGUGCCGUGGAUUUGUUGAUCCCAUAUUCCUGAAUUGGAUCAUGAGAUAUGCUGUGUUGCACAAAAUACAACAGUUGACAAUGCAUAUAUACAUACAUUCCUAUAUUCGCGGACCAGAAUUUGAGUUUAUCCCGUUCAUCUUUUCCUGUACGUCUUUGACAUCUCUUAAGGUUUUCAUUAGGCAUAAAAGCGGGAUGAUAAAACUUCCGAAAUCUCUGCAGUUGCCGGCAUUAAAAAGCUUGCAUCUUAAGCAUGUCAUUUUUACUGCAAGUAACCAUGACUGUGCUGAGCCCUUUUCAACCUGUAAAAUGUUGAAUACUUUGGUCAUUGAAGGUUGUUCUUUGGAUGAUGGUGUAAAAGUCCUCUGCAUAUCUAAUUAUAACCUUUCCAGUUUGACCAUAUGCAAUAACUACAGACUUUCGAGCUUUGAAAAUGACAUAAUUACACUUUCUAUUCCAAAUCUCAAUUCUCUUACUAUCAUGAGGGCUCCUAUUUACCAACUAUCCUUCGCAUGCAAUCUUCCUUUCCUCGAAGAAGUAAAUAUUGACACCAGUUAUUUUACACAUCCUCAUAAUACCGAUAUUGUCUUCAUAAGCUGGUUGCAAGUGCUUGCUAAUGUAAAGAUAAUGACACUCUCUUGUUUUACCCUUAAGGAAAUACUACAUGAGCUCUUAAAUCACAGUUCCAAGACAAUUCAACCUCCUUGCUUUAUAAAAUUGGAGUUAUUAAAAGUGACAAAGCACUCAUUUGCCAUAAUAUCCGAUGAUGAAGUAAUCUGGAUAGUUUAUUACUUACUUCAAAACUCUCCAUUGCCCAGAAUUGAUGUCAUAAAUUGCUGAAGGUAACAAAUUGGACUUAAUGGAGCGCAUCUUCCGUACUACAUGCGCAUCAAUCACUGGGAGUGAGUUAGUUUGGUCACGUGCUGAGCAUUUUGGAAGUUGGAAGUCAACUCUAAAGAAGGCCCCACGUGUGGGAAUGUGCUAAAAACCGUUAAAAAGGGUUGACAACAUAGGAAUGAGAGGAGGAAAAUAUAAUAUAGAUGUUAAGCUAGUUAGUGGGAUCUCUUUAGUUUUUCUGAUUUCAAGAAUUGUAUUUUGAAUACUUGAACAAUCCUGAAGAGAAGAGAACGAAUCUUGCAGUGUGCUGCAGAAUCCUUCUGUUCUCACUUCAUCAUUUCAGAGUUUGUAGCUUUCAUUUGAACAACUUGGUUAGAAGUUCUGUUCUAU